AUGGUCAGCUCCUGUUGUGGCUCCGUCUGCUCUGACCAGAGCUGCGGCCAAAGUCUCUGCCAGGAGACCUGCUGCCGCCCCAGCUGCUGCCAGACCACCUGCUGCAGGACCACCUGCUAUCGCCCCAGCUGUGGUGUGUCCAGCUGCUGCAGGCCCCAGUGCUGCCAGCCUGUGUGCUGCCAGCCCACCUGCCCUCGCCCCACCUGCUGCAUCUCUAGCUGCUACCGCCCCUCCUGCUGUGUUUCCAGCUGUGGUUCCAGCUGCUGCAGGCCUACCUGCUGCAUCUCCAGCUGCUGCAGGCCCCAGUGCUGCCAGCCUGUGUGCUGCCAGCCCACCUGCCCUCCCCCCACCUGCUGCAUCUCCAGCUGCUGCAGGCCCCAGUGCUGCCAGCCUGUGUGCUGCCAGCCCACCUGCUCUCGCCCCACCUGCUGCAUCUCCAGCUGCAGGCCCCAGUGCUGCCAGCCUGUGUGCUGCCAGCCCACCUGCCCUCCCCCCACCUGCUGCAUCUCCAGCUGCUGCAGGCCCCAGUGCUGCCAGCCUGUGUGCUGCCAGCCCACCUGCCCCCGCAUCUCCAGUUGCUGCCGCCCCUCUUGCUGUGGCUCCAGCUGCUGCCGCCCGAGCUGCUGCCUGCGCCCAGUGUGCGGCCGGGUCUCCUGCCGCACCACUUGCUAUCGCCCCACCUGUGUCAUCUCCACCUGCCCCCGCCCCGUGUGCUGUCCCUCCUCUUGCUGCUGA